CAAGCAACUCCACGUGAGCCCUAAUCCUCUCUUGUGCAGCCCUGCUGCCCACAGAACAUACAGGCUACCUCUUGUUAAUUGGGGGCUUGGAGCCAGUGAAGAUGGGGAUUGUUUCUCAAGUCAAUAUUUCAGAUGGUGUUGAACCUUAUGGAGGAAGUGCCUUUACCCAAGCAGAGCACAACAUAGUGGCUGCAUAUCUGAUUACUGCAGGUGUCAUCAGCUUAAUGAGCAACAUCGUGGUGCUGCUAAUGUUCGUGAAGUUUAAAGAGCUCCGCACUGCCACCAACUUCAUUAUAAUCAACCUGGCUUUCACUGACAUCGGAGUGGCUGGUAUCGGCUAUCCCAUGUCAGCUGCCUCGGACCUCCAUGGCAGCUGGAAGUUUGGCUACACCGGUUGUCAGAUCUAUGCUGCUCUUAAUAUCUUCUUUGGCAUGGCCAGCAUCGGCCUGCUGACUGUGGUUGCCAUUGACCGCUACCUCACCAUCUGCAGACCAGACAUAGGGCAGAAAAUGACGAUGCGAUCAUACAACCUUCUCAUUCUGGCAGCAUGGCUGAACGCUGUGUUCUGGUCCUCCAUGCCUAUAGUGGGCUGGGCUGGUUAUGCUCCUGACCCCACUGGAGCUACAUGCACCAUCAACUGGAGACAGAAUGAUGCCUCCUUCAUCUCUUAUACGAUGGCAGUGAUUGCUGUGAACUUCAUGAUGCCUCUCAUUGUCAUGUUUUACUGCUACUACAAUGUGUCAGCCACUGUGAAGAGGUACAAAACCAGCAACUGCUUGGACAGCAUCAACAUCGAUUGGUCGGAUCAGAUGGACGUCACCAAGAUGUCCAUAGUGAUGAUUGUCAUGUUCCUGGUGGCCUGGUCUCCGUACUCUGUGGUUUGUCUUUGGGCAUCAUUUGGUGACCCCAAGACUAUCCCUGCUCCCAUGGCUAUCAUCGCUCCACUCUUUGCCAAGUCCUCCACCUUCUACAACCCCUGCAUUUAUGUGAUCGCAAACAAAAAGUUCAGAAGAGCCAUCAUAGGAAUGAUCCGAUGUCAAACCAGGCAGCGAAUCACCAUCAAUACCCAGGUUCCCAUGACAACCUCCCAACAACCUCUUACCUAGUGAGGUGAAUCUGCGUCAGUAUCACAUUGUAUGAAUAUACCUUGACAUUAAAACCAUGUGUGGAAAAUUGAUAGAAUGAAAUAACAUGAAUCACUGUCAGUGUUUUUCUUUUCAUUGGAGUCAUUGUUCUGUUGAAGAACC